UGUACUACUAACAUUGUUUUUUAGCGCUCAUUGAUUCCAUUAAUAUCGAUUACUUCUUCAUCACUUCAAAUUUCCGCACACUCUAAAAACGUCUCUACAGUCUUCACACUUUCAUCGCGUUUUCUAACUUUUCUUUCACUACCUUCGCGAAUCGCCCUUCGCUCACCGAGUCACCAUCCCUAACUCAGAACGAUUCCCAAUCCACCGCAACCUAGGGGCUGCAAUUACUAGGUUGUUAUCGGAUCUGAUGGGUAGCAUCCAAGAAGCGGUAUCGGUUGCGGAAGAGCGAGUGGAGGAUGUGGUAAACGACACCGUUUACGUUGCGGUGGGAAAGAACGCGAAGAAGAGCCAGCGACUGUUGCAUUGGGUAAAUCAGAAUUUCUCAGGGAAGGAAAUUUGUCUUCUUCAUGUUCAUCAAACCGAUCCUCUGAAUUCGUUGACAGACUCAGAUGCCUCUGAAAUAGAACCUAAAGACGAUGUAAUCGAGGCAUUCCAGGAGACUGAUAGGCAAAAAGUGCAUGAACUCCUAGACCAGUUCAUCCUCACUCUGGUUCCGGAGGGGGUACAUGCCUCGAAAUUGUUGAUUGAGAAGGAUAAUAUUGAGAAAGGGAUCAUAGAAGCUAUUGCUCAAUACAAUAUUAGAUGUCUUGUAAUGGGAGCAGCUGCAGACAGACAGAAGUUGAGGUUAGAUAGUGAAGACACACCUGUAAUAGAGACUGCCCCUGUAUUAUUGAUGCUCGACUCGAAUAUGGAAGCCAAACAAUCUGAAAAAAUUAAAUCACAAUUGAUUCCGGAUGUAUUGAAAUAUUUAGAUUCUGGUUAUACGGAAGAGACCAAAAAUAUCAAUUCCCACUGCUCUUUAAAUGCAGAAUGGUCCUUUAACAGUGUUAUUGCAAGGACAAAGUUGACAGAUUUGCUUAUUCAUGAGGAUGAUGAAGCAUUACAAAACUGGUGUGCUAAGGAGUUAACUAGAAGAAAAGAAGUUGAAGAACAAUUGGCAAGGGAAAAGCAAGACGUACAAGAAAUGAAGAAUCAGCGAGAUAAAAUCGUAAGCGAAUUGCAAAUGCUCGAAGACCGGAUUUCAGCUCUUAGAAACCAAUUGUUUGAGUCCGAGUGUUCGGCAACUGAGUUGGAAGAGAAGAUUUUAUUAGCUGUGGAUCUUUUGAUAAGUUUCAAGGAAAAACGAGAUAAGCUGAGGAUAGAACAUGCAAAUGCAGUUAAGAAAGUUGAAAUGCUGAAAAAAUUUGGAGAAGUGGAUACUACAUCCUCUUAUGUGGUAGAAUUCCCUGCAUUUUCUUUCAUGGAGAUCAAUGAGGCAACUCAUGAUUUUGACCAAUCUUGGAAAAUUGGAGAGGGAAAUUGUGGAAGUGUUUACAAGGGACUGCUUCGCAACAUGCUUGUUGCCAUAAAAAUGCUACCCUCUUAUGGUUGUCUGAACCAAUUUGAGUUCCAACAUCAGGUUGAGGUUUUAAGUAGAAUAAGACAUCCAAACCUGUUAACUUUAAUUGGAAGCUGUGCAGAGUCUAAGACACUUGUGUAUGAAUACCUAAACAAUGGUAGCCUUGAAAGUCAUCUUGCAUGCAAAGACAAGACUCCACUUCCAUGGCAAAUUCGAAUGUCCAUUGCUACUGACAUAUGCUCUGCUUUAAUCUUCCUUCACUCAAGUGAGCCUUGUAUUGUCCAUGGGAAUCUGAAGCCUAGUAAGGUUCUGCUUGAUGCUAAUUUUGUUGCCAAACUUGGUGAUUUGGGGAUUCCUUCUUUAGUCAAGCAUGGUGUGGAUUCAGCUGACACUGGGACAGUAGUAUAUAACAACUCACAUAAAGGUUUGGUGUAUGUGGAUCCAGAGUAUCUUGAUACUGGUAAACUGACACCGGAGUCAGAUGUGUAUUCAUUUGGAAUCAUACUCUUACAACUUCUAACUGGAAGACCACUUUUGGGGCUAGUUAGAGAUAUGAAAUGUGCAUUGGAAAAAGAAAAUCUUAAAACUGUGUUGGACUUUUCAGCCGGUGAAUGGCCACUUCAUCAAACCACACAAAUGGCAUGUUUAGCAUUAAGGUGUUGUGAGAAGAAUUGGCUGAACCGGCCAGAUCUUGUAUCAGAAGUCUGGAGUGUUCUUAAACCAUUCAGAACUAUUUGCAUAAACAGGAGACAGGAGUUGACUUCUAAGAAGCUUCAACGAGCCCCUUCUCACUUUGUCUGCCCCAUUGUCCAGGAAGUUAUGGAAGAUCCCUACAUUGCUGCAGAUGGCUUUACAUAUGAAGAAGAGGCAAUAAGGGGAUGGUUGGACAGUGGUCACAACACUUCCCCUAUGACAAACCUCAAGCUGGAACAUACAGAUUUGGUACCUAAUUAUGCAUUACAUAAUGCCAUUCGGGAGUGGCAGCAACAGUGAAUAUUUUCCAUUAUAAUUGCACAUAGUGAUGUAAAUACACGUAUCUUUUGAAAAUAGCUCCUCUCAAGUGAGCAAGCAAAAGUGUAUAAACUCUUGAAUAUAAGUGAGUUGAGAUAAAUGAAGGGUAUAUACACUAAUACUUGCUUACCUUAGAGAUAAUUUCA